UUUCCUUUCUUUUCGAAACGAUUUUUUCGUCCAAAACAGAUGUAUUAUGUCCUAAAACAGAUGAAUCAAGACGUCGAUGUGUCCGGUCACACAUUGCCACAGAGGGUGCAUGGAAGCGGCGCCCACCGACCCAAGGAAAUACGCGCUUGCAUGACAUUACCAAGUUUGUAUUAGACUGCACUCCCAAGUUUCCUUGCUUUAUAUAAACUGAAGAAUUACUCAUUUUACUUUCAAAAUCUGAGAAACAUCACAUUCUUUCCUUCACCCUCAUUCGUCCCUCUCCCCUUCAUAACACAAUGGAUCCUCCAUUUGAAGAGAAAUACAAAUCCCUCUUAACCAAUGGUACUCUAUUAUCAAAAGACAAGGAUUAUGUUAUAAUGAGUGAUUACGAGGAGCAUGAGCUGCCUAUCAUAGAUCUUCACCGUUUGACGCUCUCCUUCUCGGAGAGAGAGCUAUGCAAAAAAGAGAUAAGGCAGGCUGCACGUGAAUGGGGCUUCUUUCAAGUUGUGAAUCAUGGGAUUCCACAGGAGAUUGUGGAGCGCAUUCAACUGGAGCAAAGGAAGCUUUUCCAUCAUCCAUUCAGCAAAAAGGCUGAAGAAAACAUUUUGAAUUUGUCUGAAAAUAAUGGUUACAGAUGGGGUAACCAUACAGCCACUUGUUUGAGGCAGAUAUCGUGGUCAGAAGCCUUCCACAUACCUCUCACAGAUAUUUCAAAGAUUGGUGGUGAAUACAAGAGUCUCAGAGAGAGCAUUGAAGCUUACGCAGCAACUGCUGGGAAAUUGGCUAAAGAGAUGACAGAGAUUCUAGCUGAGAAUCUGGAUGUUUCCUCCACUUACUUUCAAGAGAAUUGUCUGCCGGAAACUAAUUAUCUUCGAAUGAACAGGUAUCCUCCAUGUCCAUUCUAUUCUGAGGUGUUUGGCAUACUGCCUCAUACCGAUAGCUGUUUCGUCAAUGUAUUAAUUCAAGACCAGAUUGGAGGAUUGCAACUUUGGGUAAAUGGAGAAUGGAUUAGCGUUAAACCUCAUCCAGAAGCUCUACUAAUUAAUCUUGGUGACUUAUUUCAGGCAUUGAGCAAUGAUGUUUACAAAAGCAUUAGGCAUCGGGUAGUACUUGCCUCCAAACAAGUUGAAAGGCUUUCUUUGGCAUAUUUAUAUUGCCCCAGAAAUGAUGCUGUCAUAGAGAGUGGAAGGAAGCCAUCAAUUUAUAGGAAGUUCACAUUCGAAGAGUUGAUGAAGCAAAAUUCAAGGGAUAUUGAAGAAACUGGCCGCAAACUCGGGAUCUCAAGGUUUCUCAUGUGAAUAUGAGCAUAUUGUGCUGGAACAUUUGAUCAGGACUGAAUAAAAUUCAAGGGACAUUGUUUUUUUUUUUUUCUGAUAGGGAAACAUUCUUCUGAAAUAGUAAAUUAUUGAACAAUAAGUUUGUUUGUUUUUCAAUUGGAGCAGGAAGUGGAGUUUCUAGACCUCUUACGAACAUGGACCUUAGUGAUAUUCAGCUA